CUCAUCGAAACCACAAUCAGUCUCUUCAAGUCUGCAGAUUACUCCGAUUUCAGAAUCAUCUGUGGAUCUGACACACACAAUGUCCACAGGGCAAUUGUCUUCCCGCGGUCCGAAGUCUUCGCUGCAUCUUUCAGAUUUGGUGGCAAGGAAGCUGAAAACGCUGAAAUGACAUUGCAUGAUGAUGAACCCGAACACGUUAAGGCUUUGGUAUACUACUUUUACCAUCUGGACUACUCGGUCUCCAAUGCAACUCCAAGAGAGCCUAUGAGCAACAAAGCGCAGGAGCCUCUCCUCCAAAUGGAUGCAGCUCCUCCAUCGUGGGAUGACUUCGACGUCAAUACUAGAUCGGAUUACCAACGACGCCCCAUAUACCCGCUAUUUCCUCAUCCACCCACACAACAACUAAGUUACGGUGGAUCCAAAAAAACAAAGCGUAUUACAAGAGCACGAGAGUCCCAAGACUUCCCAAAACCCUUAGAAGGUUUCCCAUGCCUCGUCUUCCAUGCGAAGAUGUACGCCCUAGCCGACAAAUACAACGUCAAGGGUUUGAAGCUCCUCGCGCAGGAGCGAUUUACCGCUGCGGUGGAGACUGGCUGGACGCACGAAGAGUUUCCUGCUGCUACUCGCGUCGUUUUUGAGACUACAUUGGACACCGACGUGGGUUUGCGGGAGCCUCUGGUGAAAGUUCUCUUGGAGCAUUCGGCGCUCCUGGACCAGCCAGAGGUGGAGGCAGUUGUCAAGGAUAUUCCCGGUCUUGCCUAUGACCUCUUGAAGAGACACCGCAGUGGAGACUCGGUGUCGAGGUUGGGAGGACGUUAUUGA